CAGUCACCAGAUGUAUUGUCGUCCAGCUAUCCGCGACAUGAAUGCCAUGACCAAUGGCUGACCAGACGCCACCGCAGCCUGCACGGCAAAUGAGUCUAGUACCUUAUGCUUCCGAUUCUCGAGAAGUUGUGCUGCGACGCGGCAAUGCCGUCGUGGUUUAUGAUGCUCACUCUCGGCAAUUGUCUGUGCGGCAAGCUGCCGAUCAGCCCAUAGAGCUUCCAGAAUGCCCAUACUGCCAUCAACCGCUUCGAAACCGAGAUUCCUCUACCGACGAUGGAGAUGCAAGUCACAAUGUGGGCCCUGAUCGUCCCUUCGUCGACCCCGACUACUUUGGAAUGCUUGCCGCGAGCCGGCGGCCUUCACCAGCAGGUUCCGGCACUUCGAGCCCAAGCAGGCGCAUUCCGAUAGCUAUCAGGUCGGGCAGAUCGAGGGAGGUCAGUGGUACACAUGGACCUCCCACUGGUGCUGAGUUCGUUGCCAGCGAGCCUUCAUCUUCAAGUGGUCAAGGUAUUAGCAGCUCUGCAUUCUCGCCAGGCUAUUUCCAACAGUUCUUCCGAACGGAGCGAGAGCUUGGUCGUGGUGGCAAUGGCGUGGUGCUCCUGGUAGAGCAUCUCAUUGAUGGUGUUUCGCUUGGCCACUUUGCAUGUAAACGCAUUCCGGUCGGUGACAGCAAGAUGUAUUUCGAGAAAGUCAUCGUGGAGGUCAAGCUGUUACAGAAGAUACCGCACAAGAACUUGGUUGCGUAUCACUGGACCUGGCUUGAGGACCACCAGCCGUCUACGUUCGGCCCUAGUAUACCUUGCCUUUGGAUCCUACAGGACUAUUGCAAUGGUGGUGACCUCCAUAGCUAUGUAUUGGGUCCUCCGAAGACCACGUCAUCCACCGAAAACUUGAAGAACAGACUUCGGAGGAAGUCUAGGGGCGACACAAGUCCCCCUCACGAAUUGCGAGGCCCAAGCAAGCUGUCGCUCGAUGAGAUUUUCUCUUUCUUCAGGGAUAUCACGUCCGGCCUGCAUCAUUUACACAGCAAAGGCUACAUUCACAGAGACCUGAAACCUUCCAAUUGCUUGCUACAGCGUGACGAUGGCAAGGUCAGAGUACUCAUAUCCGACUUCGGAGAAGUGCAGGCAGCUGGCGCAGAACGUGCAUCCUCGGGCGCAACAGGCACAAUAUCUUACUGCGCCCCCGAAGUGCUCGUGCGCACUUCCAAUGGCUCUUUCGGCAACUUCACGACAAAGUCGGAUAUUUUCUCUCUCGGCAUGAUCGUUUACUUCAUGUGCUUCGGACGACUACCAUACGCAAAUGCCGAUGACAUCAAUGAGGAGAACGAGGAUCUGGAUGAGCUGAAGGCAGAAAUCAAGAAGUGGUCUGGCUUCAAUGAUGAGAGCCGGAUGCGCCCUGACUUGCCCGAGAGGCUGUACAAGUACCUCAGAAGGCUACUUAGCGUUGAUCCGAAUGAGCGGCCGAGUACUGAAGAGAUCCUGGCCAGCAUCAAGGGGGGUGUCGCUUUGGGUGACGGAGCCUGGGCCACGGAAGAACACACGGCACGAGUAUCUGCAAUCGACUCACCAGCACCCAAGCCUGCGUCGCGGCCUCGAAAACCCUCCUAUUUCUCUUCAAGGCCAGGACUGCCUUCUCCAGUGAGACAGUAUGCGACCGACAGCUUCCGCUCAAGAAGUCCGAUCAUGCAGGAACGAAGCCGAAGCAGACCACUGAGCCCCUCGGAGGGUUCGCUCGCAAUAACGCCGCACCAAAUCGACUUCACUGAUGCUGCUACGAAGGUCAAAGCACCAGAGCAAAGCCCAAGACUCAUGCUUCCUCCGCCGGAGGCCAGCACUGCGAAUCGAGUCGGUGUUGUCUCCUCCUUGUCUUCUCCCGCAGUGUUGCGAGGCAUAUUCUUCAUGAUCAAGCUGCUGACGUUAUCGAUUCCUUGCACGCCAUAUGCACCAAACCAAUGGCUGCUCUACUCGCUACUGGGCCUUGCAGCACUGGAUCUGGGUCUGAUACAUUUCAGUACACGACAUUCGCUGCUGCUACUCGCCUUUCACGUAGCGGUGGUGCUUGCGCUCAAGCGAUCCAAUCGGCUGUGUGAAAGCAGCAAGCCUUUGGUCUGGGAUGAGCUGUGAUAUUAAUAUUGAUGUUUAGCGAGGCGUUCGGUGGUUAUGUUGCAGUCUGCUGCGUCGAGUAGACGCAGAACAUAGUACGCCUGUUGAGUGAACUCGA